AUGCCGCAGUCAGCGCCUGAUUCAGCAAGUCAGCCAUUCCAGGUAGGUUGUGAUUGAAAAAUGCACAGUAGUCAAUAUAGCGGUUUUAUAUACUCGGUUUAUACAAUCUUGUAUUUUCCAAAAACACGAUCUUAGCCUAUGAUUUACGUUUCUAUAAAAAUCUACAUCAUAUAAAUGAGUGUUUUUUUUUGUAGAUUAUCCUUCCGGUCCAACCUACAAGAACGGAUGAAUCAUUUUUUAAAGGAAUCUUGGAGAAGAUAAAUGUAGAAUUGCGUGGUGUGGCUAGAAGGGACACGAAUUCGAUGCUUCGAAGUCGCAGUUUUGACAGGCUAAGCAACUUUUCGUACGAGCAGCUGGUAGAAGAAUUAAAGACCAUGUGUCCUAUUACAUAUAAACUAUUACCUUGUAUGCUGGAAUUAGAAAAUUGUAGCGAGAAAAAGAUUGCUGCGCUCAGUUUGAUAUACGGGGUGAUUAUGUUCAAGAGGUGCAAGGAACUCGGCUUUAUCCAAAGCAUUAACACCAUUAUUCUGUCAGACAGCGGUGCGAACACCGAGGUACUGUAG